CGCAGCUUCAUUUCCAUUCUCUCAACCGAUACAAACAUUUCCUUUCUUUUCUUUUCUUUUCGUUUCGGACACAGAAAGAAAAGAAAAGAAAAGAAAAGGAAGAGGAAGACAAAUCUUAAGUGUCAUUUAUUAUUCCAAUAAAUCCAGCCAUCUUACUUGUUUUCCGUUUUCCCUUUUUCUAUUUCCUGCUCAUCUCUCUGCAUUUUUAUUUGGAGAAUUCUGAUUUCUUCGAUAUCGACGCCAAUCACAAUGCCUGCUUCUUCAUGAUCUUAGGGCGUUUGCUUGGAUCUGGUGGAUUUCUGGCUGCAUUUCAGAUUGUGUCCCUCAAAAUUUGGACUGGUACUGUGACCAUAGUUAAUCGGGAGAGGAAGAAUUCUUAGUCAUCUCAACAUGAACAGUCUACAAGAAAGGAAAUUAGGUGAAAAUGGGAUAUAUGACAGCUUAAAUGGCAAUCAUUGUCUGAAUGUCAAAGAAAAAGAAGGCCCUGAAGGCAUGGUCGAUGGCAAUAUACAAUCAUUGGUUGAGUGGUUGAACUGUAUGAUUCCCCAUUUAAAUUUGCCAUUGGAAGCUUCAGAGGAAGAAUUGAGAGCAUGCCUGAUUGAUGGCACUGUUUUGUGUAGCAUUUUGAACAAGCUGAAUCCUGGUUUGGUUGAAAUGAGAGGAAACACUGAGCCUGGACCAGAAAAAAUUAAAAAGUUUCUAGCAGCAAUGGAUGAAAUGGGAUUGCCUAGGUUUGUACUUGCAGACAUACAACAGGGAUACAUGGUGCCAGUUUUGCAGUGCCUUGGUACACUUAAAGCGCAUUUUGAAUACAAUGGUGGGAAAGAGAGCCUCCGUAAUCAUUCAAGAAAGUUAUGGAAUCUAUUGUUGACAAAUACCAAGGGGAUGCGUCAACAAUCAGAAGGACUUGCUGGUUCCAAAGGGGUACAUCGUUCAGUUAUAUCAGAGCCAUUUCCCACUUUACCUCAUGAUGCUGGACACAAGUUUUCUGAGGAGUUGCCACUAAAGCAAGGAUUCUAUGCUGAUCUUUCGGAUUCUGAUAUUCUGGAUUUGAUGAAAUCAAAUGGUUUGGACGAUGCCUCAACUCGAACAUUGUUCAGUUUGAUGAAUAGAAUUCUAGAUGAUAGCAUUGAAAGGAAGAAUGGUCACGUUCAGCAUAUGGUACGUAUAAUGAAGAAAGUUAUCCAAGUUAUUGAGAAACGAUUUUCAAUUCAAGCAGAGAACUUGAGAGAUCAAAACAAUCUUUAUAGUGUUCGCACAGAGAAGUGCCAAUCAAAAAUAAAAGUACUUGAGACCCUUGCAUCUGGGACCACAGAAGAAAUUCAGGUAUUACUAUCACAGCUGCAGCACAUAAAGAUCGAGAAAACCAAAAUAGAGCAGAAGGAAAAGCUUGAAGAGCAGGAUCUCUAUAGAUUAAAGGAAGAGAAAAAUAAUAGUGAUGUUGAGAACUUAAAUCUGAGAAAGGAACUAGAAUUAGCCAAGAAGACGCAUGAAGAGCAUUGUUUACUCCUAGAAGCGCAAGCAAAGGAAUCAAAAGUUGAAUUAGAGAAAAGAUUGAAGAAACUUGAGUGUUUACUAGCAGAAUCAAGAAACAAAAUGAAAGAACUCGAGUCAUUUUCUAAAUCUAAAUCUCAAAGAUGGAAAAAGAAAGAGGGAAGCUAUCAGAGCUUUAUCAAUUAUCAAUUUAAAGCUUUGCAGGAAUUAAGGGCUACAUCUGAUUCCAUAAAACAUGAAGUCUUGAAGACAAAAAGGAGUUACUUGGAGGAAUUUCGGUUCUUGGGAGUGAAGCUUAAAGGACUAGCAGAUGUUGCUAAUAAUUAUCGUUCCGUGCUUGCAGAAAAUCGAAAAUUGUAUAAUGAAGUUCAAGAUUUGAAAGGAAAUAUUAGAGUGUAUUGUCGGAUAAGGCCAUUUCUUCCUGGCCAAUGUAAGAAGCAAACAACCAUAGAAUAUAUCAGUGAAAAUGGUGAAUUGAUAGUUUCGAAUCCCUCAAAACAAGGAAAAGACAAUGAUAGACUUUUCAAAUUCAACAAGGUUUUUGGUCCAACAGCAAGUCAAGAGGAGGUUUUUCUGGACACACAACCAUUAAUUAGGUCAGUUCUUGAUGGAUAUAAUGUCUGUAUCUUUGCAUAUGGUCAAACUGGCUCAGGAAAGACUUACACAAUGAGUGGACCUGAUUUAUCGUCAGAAGAAGAUUGGGGGGUCAAUUAUCGAGCCUUGCAUGAUCUUUUCCAAAUCUCUCAGAGCAGAAAAAGCUCCAUUAGAUAUGAAGUUGGUGUGCAAAUGGUUGAAAUAUACAAUGAACAAGUUCGUGAUCUACUCUCAAGCAAUGGUUCUCAGAAAAGACUUGGGAUUUGGAAUACGACCCAACCAAAUGGGUUAGCUGUCCCUGACGCUAGUAUGCACCGUGUUAAAUCAAGCACAGAUGUCUUAGAGUUGAUGAAUAUUGGGUCGAUGAACCGUGCUAUUGGUUCUACAGUCCUGAAUGAAAGAAGUAGUAGAUCCCACAGUGUCCUCACUGUUCAUGUUCGUGGGAUGGAUCUGGAGACUGGUGCUGUUUUGCAUGGUAAUCUGCAUUUAAUAGAUCUUGCUGGUAGUGAAAGAGUGGACCGAUCUGAAGCAACUGGAGACAGGUUGAGGGAGGCGCAACACAUAAAUAAAUCACUUUCUGCACUUGGUGAUGUGAUAUUUGCUUUAGCUCAAAAAAAUUCACAUGUGCCUUACAGAAAUAGUAAAUUGACUCAAGUGCUGCAAAGUUCUUUAGGCAGUCAAGCAAAGACCCUCAUGUUUGUCCAGCUUAAUCCUGAUGUAAAUUCCUAUUCUGAAACUAUAAGUACUUUAAAGUUUGCUGAGAGAGUAUCUGGCAUUCAGUUGGGUGCUGCAAGGAGUAACAAAGAAGGAAGGGAUAUUAGAGAACUUAUGAAGCAGGUGACAUCUCUCAAGGACAUAAUUGCAAAGAAAGAUGAAGAGAUCGAGCGGUUGCAGCUGCUUAAGUCUAAUGUCAAUAGUGUGAAGCAUGGUACGAACUCCCAUAGAAGUGAAUCUUAUUCUCCAAGAAGACAUUCAAUUGAGAGUCCACAUCAAAGCCCCAGAACAAGUGGAGGGAAAAGCUUGGGACCUUAUGAUAAAGCGACCUAUGACAUGGAUAAUAGUUCAGAGUACAGUGAGAAACAUUCUGAACCUGGUUCUCUUCAGGAUGACUACAGACAUCAGAAGGCAUCUCUGCCACCAUCAAAGUCAAUGGAUGACUUAAGACUUCAAAAGGAAUUUCUUCCUCAGUCAAAGCUUAAAAAAGAUGUAAGCCAGAAUCCUAAAGAGGAUAUUGACCUCUUGGGGUUUGGAGAUGCAGAUUCUGACGAGAGAUUAAGUGACAUAUCCGAUGGUGGUCUUUCAAUGGGAACUGAAACUGAAUCUGUUGAGUUCAGUCUUUUUCCUGAGCCUGCACCAUCACCUGGAACUACAAGACCAGCUGAAACUGUUGAACCUACAAAAUCACCUGAAAUUGCCAGACCAGCUGAAGCAGCAAAACCAACUGAGAAAGCAGAGAACACCCAGAAACCAAGUUUUACAUCAAAGCUUCCAAGGCCUCCACAAAAAUUGAUGCAAACAAGAUUGUCACGCUUGUCGUUGAGUAUGAGUUCCACUCCUAGGGCUUCUUCAUCAACACCUAGGAAAACUACUCUUGGUAGUUCGUCCGCAGCCAAACCUCCAAAGAGAUGGCACUAAAUUUGGAGACUUUUUGGAUGGUAAAAAGGAAUUGACACUCACUGUAGUUUGUAAAUUCUAACUUUAUUAACAUGUUGCUUCUUUCCUUGCUUCCAUUUAUCCCAUGGAAAUGUUUACUUUGGAAGGGAUAUACAGCGAGGGAAUUAUGGUGUAAAAUGUACAUACUAAAGGUUCAUAAUCUUAAGCCCUUUGGGUUUGACUAUA